AGGCCUUGCCCAGCUCCUGUGGUCAUCGGGGGAGGGUGCGUGGGACGAGCUGCCGGGCGCAGGCUCUGGGCACAGAUGGUUCUCGUUGCGUGCUGCCUCUCUUCUGUAGGAAAAACAAACGAGCCUGGCCAGUGGGCCCUUUUUUAUCUCGUGUUUAUUUUCGAUCUGUCUUCCUUUGCCUGAAGCCAGUGUCCUGCGGGCUGCAUUCUGCCGAGGGUCUGGCUAAAGGCCUUGGUAUUUUCCCGAAGGCUCCUGGGAGGGGCUGGAAAGCUGCGGAGGAGAGUAGCCCCUCUCUGGCUGGCUCCUGGACUUGUCUCGUCCGCUAGGUCACAGCGACUUUCCAUGGUUUGGAGUCUCCUGGCUGCACCGGAAGGCCGGGGUUGAGAAGCGGAGCAGGACAGAACCAGGAUGGAGGCCUCGUGCUUGGAGCUGGCCCUGGAGGGCGAGCGUCUCUGCAAGGCUGGGGACUUCAAGGCGGGUGUGGCCUUCUUCGAGGCCGCUGUGCAGGUGGGCACCGAGGACCUGAAGACGCUGAGCGCCAUCUAUAGCCAGCUGGGCAAUGCCUACUUCUACCUGAAGGAGUACGCCCGGGCACUGGAGUACCACAAGCACGACCUGCUGCUGGCCCGGACCAUCGGUGACCGCAUGGGGGAGGCUAAGGCCAGUGGGAACCUGGGCAACACACUCAAGGUCCUGGGCCGCUUCGACGAGGCCAUCGUGUGCUGCCAGCGUCACCUUGACAUUGCUCAGGAGCAGGGGGACAAGAUUGGGGAGGCCCGGGCGCUCUACAACAUCGGGAACGUGUACCACGCCAAGGGCAAACAGCUGUCCUGGAGCGCCGCACAGGACCCCGGGCACGUGCCACCCGACGUGCGGGAGACGCUGCGCAGGGCCUCCGAGUUCUACGAGAGGAACCUGUCCCUGGUGAAGGAGCUGGGUGACCGGGCGGCCCAGGGCAGGGCCUACGGCAACCUGGGCAACACCCACUACCUGCUGGGCAGCUUCGUGGAGGCCAUCACCUUCCACAAGGAGCGCCUGGCCAUUGCUAAGGAAUUUGGAGACAAAGCGGCCGAGCGAAGGGCGUACAGCAACCUGGGGAAUGCCCACAUCUUCCUGGGGCGCUUUGACGUGGCUGCUGAGUACUACAAGAAGACGCUGCAGCUGUCCCGGCAGCUCAAGGACCAGGCGGUGGAGGCACAGGCCUGCUACAGCCUGGGCAACACGUACACGCUGCUGCAGGACUACGAGCGUGCUGCCGAGUACCACCUGCGCCACCUGCUCAUCGCGCAGGAGCUGGCCGACAGAGUGGGCGAGGGCCGUGCAUGCUGGAGUCUGGGGAACGCCUACGUGUCCAUGGGGAGCCCGGCACAAGCCCUGACCUUCGCCAAGAAGCACUUGGAGAUCUCCCAGGAGAUUGGGGACCGAAACGGGGAGCUCACAGCCCGCAUGAAUGUGGCACAGCUGCAGCUGGCUCUGGGCCGGCUGACCAGCCCGGCGGCUGCCGAGAAGCCAGACCUGGCAGGCUAUGAGGCCCAAGGGGCCAGGCCCAAAAGGCCACAGAGGCUGAGCGCGGAAGCCUGGGACUUGCUGAGGCUCCCGCUGGAGCGGGGGCAGAAUGGAGACAGCCAUCACUGUGGGGACCGGCUCCCCCUCCCCGUGAGGAGCAGGAAGUACCAGGAAGGGCUGGACGCUGCUGACAGGAGGCCCCGGGAAGGCAGCCACUCCCCACUGGACAGCGCAGACGUGCGCGUGCAGGUGCCUCGCGUGAGCAUCCCCCGGGCCCCGUCUUCCGACGAGGAGUGCUUCUUCGACCUGCUGAGCAAGUUCCAGAGUAGCCGCAUGGACGACCAGCGCUGUCCCCUGGAGGACGGCCAGCCUGGCGCUGCCGAGGCCACCGCGGCCCCCAGCCUGGAGGAGCGGAUCGCCCAGCCCUCGCUGACAGCCUCCCCCCAGACCGAGGAGUUCUUUGACCUCAUCGCCAGCUCCCAGAGCCGCCGGCUGGACGACCAGCGGGCCAGCGUGGGCAGCCUGCCCGGGCUGCGUAUCACCCACAACAACCUGGGGCACCUGCGUGGUGACGGGGACCCCCAGGAGCCAGGCGACGAGUUCUUCAACAUGCUCAUCAAGUGCCAGUCCUGCAGGAUCGAUGACCAGCGCUGCCCGCCUCCUGAUGGGCUGCCACGUGGCCCCACUAUGCCUGAUGAGGACUUCUUCAGCCUCAUCCAGAGGGUGCAGGCCAAGCGGAUGGACGAGCAGCGGGUGGACCUCGCCGGGAGCCCGGAACAGGAGGUGGGCGGGCCACCUGAGCCCCGGCAACAGUGCCAGCCCGGCACCAGCUAAGGCCUCGUACCCACAGCCAGCCAGGCCUGCCCCACUCCCACUUCUGGACGCCCAGGGGUGGGGGAAGCAGCUCACAAUCGUCCAGGAUGCCCACGGCCCCCCAGAAGCCAACUCCUCCCAAGGCCAUGGCUGAGGGCAGCCUCUGAGCCCCCCGGUCCUUCCCACUGAGCCAAACGCUGGGCACACUGCCCCCACGGCAUCGCCCUCCCCAGGGUGGCAGGUUUGAGCCAGGGCUGCCUGUGUGGGGGAGGGUAUACUCUGUCCUGGGCCAGCCCCCACAUGGUACACAGCUUCCCGCAGGCCUGCCCAGCCCAGCCUCGCCCUCACCCCUGCCCCUGCCCCAGGCUGGGCCUGCAGCAUGUCAACCCCUGACCCCGGUGCUGUCCAAACCCUCCAUGCCCUCUCCUUGACCCCCUGCCCGCUCUGUCCUGCCCGGCCAAAUGUGAAAACCCUGCUGCCUCCCCCACACCCUGAAAGUUUCUCUGAAGUCUCUUCCCUGGGGACUGCCAGCUACACGGGCGUCGCUGCCCUCCCAGAGCUGGUCCCAGGAUGGCCCAGCAGACACGCUCGCUCGCCCCACUCCCGGCCUCUCACCCCCGGGAGGUCCCCUCCCUCCUACCCAGGCUGGAGGAGGAGGAGCAGGAAGGUAUCACAGAAAGCCUGGAGGCAGGCUCCCAUGCCCCACACAGAGUCCCCAGGCCCUGGCACUUUAGCCCCCGGCCCCAUGGCAUCCUGAAUAGGCAGGGUCCCCGAGGGGAAGCAUGGGGGAUGGGCAGUGACAUUCCUCAACUCCACUCCCUGAAGCCCAGCAACAGAUGGGGCCUUGUUCCUGGAGGACGGGCCAGCAGCCAGGUCUGCACCCUGACCAUGCCAGCACGGGCCAUUGCAUGAGGGCUCCAGCCCGGUGGCCCUGGGGAGGCAGUGGGUCAGCAAAGCUGGGAGGGGCUCAGCUCAGCCCUGGGACCCCAGUGAGUACCCAGCCCUCUCCCCCACCAGCUGGGGAGGUGACAUCACUGCCUUCUUCUUGGAGGGUGGGGGGGUCCGGGCCCUGAACACCUGGGUUGGCCCACAGGACUGGGCAAGAGACAGACUCCCUGGGGACCGUGGCCAUCAGCUCUCACCCACACCCCUGCCUCAGCCCACGUGCAGGGCCCGCCACCAGCCCCCUUCUGGAGCACUCCUGGGGUGGAGCCUUUGCCCUAUGGCCCCCAGGGCACAAGGUGGCACCUCUUUCUCCGGUGGUACAUCAGCCUGGCCCCACGGCCCUGACACCCCACGGUACAGCCUGGGAGCUGUGGGUGGAGGGCUGGGCUGGGCUCCAUGUGAUGACCGCUAUGUAGGGGCCUGGGGAGACCCCCAAGGCUGGGGUUCGCAGGUGUGGGGUCGAUGCUGGAGCACCGGCUUCUGCUGGGGCCGCCCAAGAACUUGAAUGUACAUGCGUAUUUAUUACUCUCACGUGUUUGCCAUGUGGUCCAUGGGUCCUUUCCAACCCAUAAGGUACAUUUGUUUUUGUUUUUCCGGAAAACAAUAAAGUCUGCCAAGUGAA